AUGAGACUCACUGGAAGGUCCCAAUCAUCUACAUCCCCGUACUCUCGCCUUUCAGGAUCGGAUACUGUAUCUAAGAUAUACUGCGACGAUCAAUUCGAUCAAGAGCAGGACUGUGCCACCAAGUGCCCACCACCUCGAACUCGGAACUUGACAGACGCAUUCUUCCAAGGGAGCGCACCCCUGUUCAGCGACGCUUUCUUGCAGUCCCCGCUAGAUAUAGGUUCCUUUAGUACGUCUGGCUUAGUUUCAGUAGACGGGUACCAGGAUAGUGACCCCUUGAACGAAGACUCAAGCUGGUGCUCACCCCUGCCGCCCACCACCAUGUCUGUACCUACUCUACAUUCGAGCUCUCAGGUGUCCUUUAGCGCUUCACCCAGUAUUGAGUCUGGUAACAUGACGAGCAACAGGUCCAGGCAAGUGGUGUCAAAGAGGUCUCAAGGGUCGUCAUCACGACGCCCAACCCCUGAAGAUUUUAGAUCGAUGGUCCUUUGCCCUCAUGAACACGAAGCACAGAUCCACGACUAUGUUGGGACUGAUUCAAAGUACACUCUCGCCAAGAAUUACGCAGGAAUAAUGGUUCGAUCAAGUGUCAAAUCGCAUGACAUGCGAGCCAAAAUGCAUGAAGUCUCUCAGGCACUUGACUCAAUCAACCUCUUCCUAAGAUUCCUACUAGAUUAUGAGGGGCUGAGAUCCGAACAAAAGGGGUGUGUGAGCUUGAGAAUCUGCUUCGGCGCCUUGACUGCUUUGUUGGGGGAUUUCAGCCAGGGAAACUGUGUAGAACUGUCUGCGAGCGACCCCAACGCCCCAGUCGUUUCGAGAGAGUACCUAUCACAGUUUAGGGACUAUAGCCCGGAACUCGGUGAAAUAUUACGAAGACUUUCUGAAAGGCUUGAAAAGAGCAUAAACUUGUAUCGUCAUCGACGUUCACCUUCAUGUUCUCUCGUGACAAAAUUCCAAGAAAUGUGGGAGACUCUGGAGGUUUGGAACAAGUAUCUUAUGGACGAUACUUUCGCGACCCCUUCUCGGAUCGCUUCCGAUUGGCUUCGAAAUCACCCAAACCAAGUCGACAACAGACGCCGCAAUCAAGCAUAUAACGAGCAGACCUCUCCGAACCUCUCGGACAAUAGCCGCCCAUCUCCGACAAACUAUGACCUAAACUACCUAUCUCCUAUGAGUGCAUACGCUGAAGUCAUCCACUCACCUCGGGGCAAUGGACGCUCGGCCAGGACAGAUGGUUCGUUUUCCUACGAGCCCGAAAGCCUAUUCAAGGCCAGCACAUCGGCGACUGCAGAUGGCGUUACCUAUUUUAGUUCUGCUAAUAUGUCUUCCGGAUCUAUGCCAUUCGAUGCUUCUGGAAACCUAUAUCGUACUCCAAGCGCUCUAGGACAAACCCUAAACUUCACUCCUAUUACGGGCGACUUUAUGGCUUAUGCUCACCAGAGCCACUCACAUAAUGCAAGACAGUACCCGGGCACAGGUUCAGGUUACUAA